AUGGCUCUGACACUCCAGGAAUUCAACCUUGAAUACAACAGAUGGAUCCGGUCUCUGAAUGAUUCCUCUGGGAAUCUCUAUUAUACAUGGGACCAGUCAGGUGGCUCAUGGACCGCUGCGACCACAGUUCAAGGUUCGAGCAUCCCGGUGCGCCAAAGCCCCUCGACACCCACAUCCUCUAAGCCCAACGAUGCAUACGGACAUCGGGCCCCAUUUCCCGGGGUAGGCCGCCAUGCAAGUCGACCAGACGCACAGCGGCCUGGCCGGCAGGGUCACAGCACUGGGUAUCCCAAGGAUCAAAGGGAAAGCAAUUCCCGAUUGCCAGAUGCUGGGCACCAGAAGCUCGCCAAUGUUCAUCGUGUGGAUAGUGGUAUCUACCUCCAAGAGCGAACAGGGCGCAAAGCAGGUCGCGCCAGCGUAUCCGAGGGUAGCGAUACCACAUCCUCGUCCAGAAGUGAGUCAAGUGAUGCGUCCAUGUCGCAGAUCAGCAUCGAGAGUCUUGCGGAUCAGCCAGCCUCGGCAAUGGUGCUAGCCCACAAGGCUAGCAGUUCUAGUCAUCGAAAUGACCCCAUUCCCGGUGAUCUACGUCAGAGGUAUGAGAUGAAGGUGCAAAAAUCGUCAUUGGAGCCAUCAUACGUGAUCACUGGCAGUGGUUGCAAUCGUGAGACGCUGGAUCCUCGGUAUACGAGACAAGCCAGCAAGUAUUUCAAAGUCGGCAAGGUCUUCGCAAUGCUCUGGCAUGAAAAUGCCGGCUCAAAUGGAACCAUUCUCAGCGAGAAAGCCCAAGCAAGUCCAUUCACCAAGGGCAAGUUCCAAGAGCCCAUAUACAGUAGCAUCCGCCGCAUGAUAGUCGUGAAAGAGCAGAGAGGCUGCUGUUGGUGUGUACCAGUCCUUACCUACGGCGGACAAGGUGUCGCUAAAGCCGGCAUCGACCGCAACAAGCAUGCUAUUAUUCAUAUGCGAGGCGAUAAGCCCCGGGUUCAGCGGGGUGAGCCCCGGAUGGUGAAAGAGCCCUUGGAGGUUGUACCGGCCAAGUUCGACUCGAAGCUGGAUUGUAUGUCUCGGGUUAACUUCGGCAAGAUCUAUACUGUCGAGCACAACGUCAAAGUCUUUCCUGUAGGCAAGAUCUCGGAAGCAUCAAGACUGAGAUUCCUUGAAUAUGCUCGAAGUGAGUUUUUGUGA